GCACUGUUUUUGUGUGUGUCGAAUUAGUGCCCAGAGAGAGAAACGUAAAGGAAAAACCAGAAAAAUAAGAAGCGAAGUUAAGGACAUGGGAAGCAGCCGGGUGAAGCAGAAGAACCCUAGUAAUCAGCUUGGCCUCAACCCCAACUGGGCUCAACUUCAACAAAAGCUGAAAAGCCAUGGCCCAAAGCCUCCAAGACCCUCAAACAAUGCACAAGCUCUAACCCAGAAACCCAUUCUAGGGAAGCGUAAGGAGAGACCAGAUGCAGAGUCGGAUGAUUCUCGGAUCAAUCCUCUUGUUCCAAUUAAUGAUGAUUCAAGUGUGACAGAUGUGGUAGCCAUGGAUUGUGAAAUGGUCGGUGUUGGUCAAGGAAACAAAAGUGCCCUUGGACGAGUUUCUCUGGUUAAUAAAUGGGGAAAUGUUAUAUACGAUGAGUUUGUUCGUCCAAUAGAACGUGUUGUUGACUUCCGUACAGAAAUUAGCGGCAUUCGACCCCGAGAUUUGAGGAAAGCAAAAGAUUUUCAGGUUGUUCAGAAGACCGUGGCAGAGAUAAUGAAAGGAAGGAUUCUUGUGGGACAUGCCUUGCAUAAUGAUCUCAAGGUACUCCUAUUAAGUCAUCCAAAGAAGGACCUGCGGGAUACUUCAGAAUAUCAACCUUUUCUAAAGGAAGGGGGCAGAAGAGCACUCCGGUAUCUUGCAGCUGAGUUUCUUGGAGUUCAGAUCCAAAAUGGGGAGCACUGUCCUAUAGACGAUGCCCGCGCUGCAAUGCUGCUUUAUCAGAAAAAUAGAAAAGAAUGGGAAAAGAGUGUUAAAGAUCAAAUACGACUCAAACAAAAACAAAGAAGGCGCAAGCCGAAAAAGAAAGCAAAGCAGGGAGAUCUUUUGGUUGACCAUAAUCCAAGCACAUCUUAGCAUGGUCUGCCCAUUGAUACUUUGUUCCUGAAAAGACUUUUUAAAAGCUCACCAAUCGGAUCAGGCUCACUACAAAUCUCUGGCAAAGUGUCCUUAGUGGUCUGGAGGAAGAACAAAGAGGAUACAAUACCAAGUUACAAAAACUAACAGGGAUGCCCAUACUAGAGCUAAUCUUGUUAUUUAGCUGGUGAUCAGUGAUCUUGCAGGUUGGAAAUCAGUUCAUUAUUAUCAUGGGUGAACAAAUGUUUGUGUUCAAUGUACAGUAAUUUUUUGCCGAUAAUUGCGUUGGAGACACAUUCUUUAUGGUCUUUUUGAGAAACUUAUCUUAAAGGAUAAAUGCUAUUUUUUUCUUAUGGGUAGUUAAA